AUGGCAGAAGCAGAGACCGCCAGCACCGAGCCACAGGCCAGACACAUUGUAUACUGCGGUGAAUGGCUCGAGAAAAACAACCCCGACAUGCACGAAAAGCUGUAUUCCGAAGAAGCCCUCCAAGCCUCCCUCUCGACUCUCUCCAUUGACGCCCGCAAGCGCGCAGAAAAAGACUCCGCGAAAAAAGAAGCCAAAGCCGCGGCGGCCGAAGCUAGAGAUGCGGAGCGUAGGGCAGAAGCCAUGGUGUAUAUAAAGCGCGUGGAGCGGAAUAAGAGGAAAUACGUAACGGCUGUAAGCGGGCUAGAGGCGCAUGGUUUGGAUUUGAAAAAAGUAGCGAAAGACUGGGGCAAAAAAUUCGCCACGGGGAGCUCGGUGACGAAGACGGCGAGCGGGACAGACGAGAUUGUUGUGCAGGGGGACAAUAGCGAUGAUAUCUUUGAUAUUGUGGUGGAUGUACUCAAGGUGCCGGAGGAUAAUGUGGAGUGUAUUGAGGAUAAGAAGAAGAAAGCUGCUGGAUGA